GACUACCUAAUAAUAAAGUAGGUAAGUCACUUCUCUGUGUCUCAGGCUCCACAUUCGUGGAGUUAGAGAAAUGUUCCCUAAAGACCAUGCAAGGGCUCUGGAAAGAAAAUGAGCUAAGGAGGGGUUUUUUCAAAAGUUAUACAAAUAAAUGGUUUUUGUUCCAAUGUAUGCAAAGGUGGUUAAAAUAGCUUCAAAAAAUUUAAAAUAGUUUGCCAGGGAAGUAGAAGAAUUAAGAGGUAUGGCAAAGGCAAAGAUGGAAUGUUUCCAUGUAAGAAUGGGGACAGUAAAAAGAUUGUGCUUUAAAACCAGAACUUUUGUUAGCUCUGCAUUUGUAAGAUUAAUUGGUCAUAGUUAAUCUAGUAGAUGAAAGAGUUUUUAAACACCUACCCCCAAAGUAUGCUGCGUCCUAAAACAACAACGGCAACAAAAUUAGUUGACACUUUCUCAUUUGUGGUGGGGUUUUUUUGACAAAUUUUCCUGACGUAUUAAAGGUUUUUAAAAGAUUAUAAAUUUACACUGCAUUUAUUCAUCAUGCCUGUCCUCCCAUCCAUCCAUAUCUCAAGUUUACCUCCAUCAACACAAAAUACCAAGAUGUAUGUGUCCAGUUUCACUACAGCUCCCUGCGUUUACAAGUGCCGAGAGCUUGCUUUCGGAACGCGCUUCUGAUUGGCCGAGCCGAUGCCAGUGACAUCAACCAACUUACUUUUGAUUGGAAGGCUGGUUGCUGGGACUGUAGCGUUUGCAGGAAGUCACUUAACUGUUUGCAAGCUGGAAAACCCAAGCUGAAGUUCCUUUUUGCCAUAGGAAGGAGCGCAACUGACUAGGAAAGACGUGUCCCAACACGCCUCGAGCUGGGGCGUAAGCCGGGAGGCCUGGGCCGACUGCCUGACCGAGAGGCACUCCCGGGGAUGAGAGCUGUCCCUUUCCUGCCUCCCGGCUGUUACCCUUUUAACUGUCAGCGUUCAAGGCUGUAGGGGUAGCACGAGGCAGUGAAACGGAACAGUCGGAUUGGCCGCGCGCCUCAGUUCUAGACGCACCUCUCCACGGAAGGGCCGUUCUGACUGGCAGGGGGAGAAAGUAAACAGAGUUGAAUCACCCUCCCCACUGGCCAAUUGGAGGGGGUUUGGUUUGUGACGUGAUGGGAUUCUGCGAAAUUGUUACUGAGCAAGAGAAUGCCGGAACGGUGCGGACCGGUAGGAGCUGGGGCUCAGGAGCCGUCCGUGGACUCGGGAAAAAGUGUCUCUUAGACCCGGCGCCCCGCGCGGCCCUUGCCACCCACGUCGCAGUGGUGGGGUAAACGUCCUAAGGCUUCGGCUCGACGGAAAGAGACGACAGAGGGCGUGUACCUCUUGCAGUUUCCUCUCCCAGCGCCUCGGGGGCGUUUUCAGUCGAAUAAACUUGCGACCGCCACGUGUGGCAUCUUUCCAAGGGAGACUGCUCUGAGGGGCCCGGCGCGUCCGUCGGGGAAUCGCGGCCCGCGCGGGGCAGGGGCGGCGGCGAGAGGCGGCGGCGCGGCGGAGCCCGGGGCGGUGGAUGCUGCGUGCGGAGGCGCUGCCGGUUACGUAAAGAUGAGGGGCUGAGGUCGCCUCGGCGCUCCCGCGAGUAGGAAGCGCCCCACGCCCCCGCCCCCUUGGCCGCCGCGCCGUGCCGCGCCGCGCCGCGCUUGUCGUCCGAGGCCGGGGCAGGGCUAGCCGAACCUCCGCAGCCACCGCCAAGUUUGGCCGCGCCGCCGGGGCUGCUGUCGCCCGCACCAUGUCCGCGGCCGCCUACAUGGACUUCGUGGCUGCCCAGUGUCUGGUUUCCAUUUCUAACCGCGCUGCGGUACCGGAGCAUGGGGGCGCUCCGGACGCCGAACGGCUGCGACUACCUGAGCGCGAGGUGACCAAGGAGCACGGUGACCCGGGGGACACCUGGAAGGAUUACUGCACACUGGUCACCAUCGCCAAGAGCUUGUUGGACCUGAACAAGUACCGACCCAUCCAGACCCCCUCGGUGUGCAGCGACAGUCUGGAGAGCCCAGAUGAGGAUAUGGGAUCCGACAGCGACGUGACCACCGAAUCUGGGUCGAGUCCUUCCCACAGCCCGGAGGAGAGACAGGAUCCUGGCAGCGCGCCCAGCCCGCUCUCCCUCCUCCACCCUGGAGUGGCUGCGAAGGGGAAACACGCCUCCGAAAAGAGGCACAAGUGCCCCUACAGUGGCUGUGGGAAAGUCUAUGGAAAAUCCUCCCAUCUUAAAGCCCAUUACAGAGUGCAUACAGGUGAGCGGCCCUUUCCCUGCACAUGGCCAGACUGCCUUAAAAAGUUCUCCCGCUCAGAUGAGCUGACGCGCCACUACCGGACCCACACGGGGGAGAAGCAGUUCCGCUGCCCACUCUGCGAGAAGCGCUUCAUGCGGAGCGACCACCUCACCAAGCACGCCCGGCGUCACACCGAGUUCCACCCCAGUAUGAUCAAGCGGUCGAAAAAGGCGCUGGCCAGCCCUUUGUGAGGUGCUAGCCGGGGGAGCCAGGGAGGGAUGGACCCGGACAGGACAAAACUACUCCCAGGAAACAGACGGACACGUGGAAAGGACGCCCAGAAGAGGCACGCUGACAGCACAGGAGGUCACUGCUCUUUGGUCAAUAUUCUGAUUUUCCUCUCUCCACAUUGUUUUUAAAAAAGCACAUUGUAGCCUACGAUCAAAGUCAACACUUGGUCCCCUUGCAGAGGCAACUCUCUGAACCCGUCUCUGACUGUCGGAGGAAGGCAAAAUGCCUUGGGGUUUUUCUUCCUUUUUUUUUUUUUCAGGGGUGGGUGGCGGGUGGGGGGAGAGGGGGAAAAGGCCACGACUGGGUAGAAUUUUAAAGCUCCAACACUGGUGUACAUACGUCCGACAGGGUGAGUCGACCUGUGGCCUCACGCAGUGAUUCUGGGCCCUUUCUGCUUGCUGUCUCUCAGAAUUGUUUUCUUACCUUUUAAUGUAAUGACGAGUGUGCUUCAGUUUGUUUAGCAAAACCACUCUCUUGAAUCACGUUAACUUUUGAGAUUAAAAAAGAAAAAACCGCCAUAGCACAGCUGUCUUUAUGCAAGAGCACAUUACUCCAGCAUGAUCUGUCAUCUAAAGACUUAAAGUUACUUAUAGUCAAUGGGUAAGCAGAGUCUGAAUUUAUACUAAUCAAGACAAACCUUUGAAAGGUUACACUAAUAAGUACAGAACUUUUAAACCUUGCUUUGUAUGAACUGUCCUUGUUGAACAUAAACUGCACUUUUAUUUUCUAACGCAGAGGAUGAAUAAGUUAAAUACAUGCUUUGAGGAUAGAAGCAGACACUCUGUCUGGCUCCAGAUUAUAAUCUGCUUAUUUUAUAAUAUCCACGUUUCCCUAAGACGUCACGGCAGAGAUGUGAGGGCAGAAUCUACACAACAGAUGCUGAAGGAGAAGGAGUGUUUAAAUAAUAAUAAUAAUAAUGAUAAAAAGAACCAAUGGAAUUUUAACUCUAUUAACUUUUCCAAAUUUUCCUAUCCAUUUAGUUAACAUCAUCUUCUUGUACCAUAAUGUCACCACUGAAGGAAAGGGCUUUUGACAUUGUUAGGUUUCAUUCGAAUGGGUGCCUAACAGUGACUAAAUCCGGAAACACCUAUUUUUUUGGGGAAAAAGGUGGGUCUCCUUCCCAUGUUCCUACAAAACUCCCACUAUCAGGUGCAAGAGUUAUGUAGAAGGGAGCUGAAAUAGGAAAAGAAAAAUAGACCCCUGUAAGGAGCGAGUAUCAAGGGAAAAUGCCACGGUAACUGCAAAGGGGACUCCUCAGAAUAGUCCCUUUUGGAGAACGUAUGGAACACGAUGAAUGAAAUCACAUCGCUGUACCUUUUAUGUCAGUAUCCUCACCACUACAUAUCUUGUAUCUAGGUGUCUACAAUGGCUGAAACCACUACAUCCAUAAUAGGCCAUUUAUCUGAAAACUUAAUUUUGGUCUUUAAGUGGCCAGAAAACUGAACUGAGUUUUCAUAGUUAAGAAAAAAAAAUAAACCUCAAAGGAGGGGAGUCAGCAGUGAUCAUGGGGGAAAUGUUUACAUUUUUUUUUCCAGAAGUAACGCUUUCUGACGAUUUUAUCCGAUAUUUAAAACAUGGAGCUAUGGUGCCCUCUAGUUUAUAUAUGUGCUGUAAAAUGUGUUGUGUAAACAUAGGGUGCCUAUCUAUUUCACCUGACACACUCAUUUCCGAUUCAGAAUGAGCGUGGGCUCCUGCAGUGGGCACGGGUCACAGCUGACUCCGACUUCCAAUACAACAGCCAUCACUAGCACGGUGUUUUUUUCUUUUGUUUGUUUAACCAACAUAGUUGUAUUAGUAGUUCUAUAAAGAGAACUGCUUUUAACAUUAGGGACUGGGAGCAGUCCAUGGGAUAAAAAGGAAAGUGUUUUCUCACGAGAAAACAUGUCAGGAAAAAUAAAGAACACUUUCUACCUCUGUUUCAGAUUUUUGAAACGCUUAUUUUAAACCAAAUUUUAAUUUCUGUGUCCAAAAUAAGUUUUAAGGACAUCUGUUCUUCCAUACGAAAUAGGUUAGGCUGCCUGUUUCUUCCUGAGCUCAUGGAACGGUUCUGUUUGUGAUACUCUGCACGCUGCCUUUUGGUGAGUGAGGAGUUUGGGUUGCCUAGCAACUUUCUAACUUGGAAAAACUCAUCCUUCCCUCACAGAGAGAAACGAAGGAAAACACAGCAAAGUUAGUGAAAGACAAUCUUUAUAGUUUCAGGAGUAAAUCUAUAUGUGGCUUUUUGUCGAGCACUUAGAUGGAUGUGAACGCAGCAACUUGUUUAAAAAAACGAUGCACAAUUUACUUCCCAAAAAAGUUGCUACUUGCCUUUUCAAGUUGUUGACAAAUACACAUUUGAUAUUCUCUCUUAUAUGUUAUAGUAAUGUAACGUAUAAACUCAAGGCUUUUUAUUCUUUGUGAUAAAUCCUGUUUUAAAACGUCACAAAACAGGAACCAGCAUUCUAAUUAGAUUUACUCUAUCAAGAUAUGGUUCAACUAGGACUACUAGAGUUCAUUGAACACUAAAACUAUGAAGCAAUUACUUUUUAUAUUAAAAAGACCAUGGAUUUAACUUGUGAAAAUCCAAAUGCAGGAUAGUAAUUUUUGUUUACUUUUUUAACCAAACUGAAUUUUUGAAAGACUAUUGCAGGUGUUUAAAAAGAAAGAGAAGUUGUUUUAUCUAAUAUUGUAAGUAGUUGUCAUAUUCUGGAAAAUUUAAUAGUUUUAGAGUUAAGAUAUCUCCUCUCCUUGGUUAGGGAAGCAGAAAGCCCUUCACCAUUGUGGAAUGAUGCCCUGGCUUUAAGGUCUAGCUCUCCAUCAUGCUUCUUUUGAGAAUUCUAUUUGGUAGUUAUAAUUACAGAAACUGAUUAGUUUGUCAGUUUGCAGAUAGAUUUAGCACAGUACUCAUCACUCUGGAUAGAUUGAGAUGUUCUUUCACAACAGAUGAAUGAUCUGUAACACUGUAAGAUACUGAUCUUUACAACUGUUUAAUCAGUUUUAUUUUUGUACAGUAUUAGUGACCUAAGUUAUUUUGCUGUCCUGUUUUUGUAAAUCAAAUGAAAUUAUAAAAGAGGAUUCAGACAGUAGGUAUUUUGUACAUAUGUAUAUAUGUUGUCCAAAUAAAAAUAAUAAAUGAUAAAGAUUGAA